AUGUCACUCAGUGUCACAACCGCACACGACGAAGUCGCUGGCAUUUCUCCCAUCCCUCACCUCGACAUCAAAGCACCUAGCGUCGCACAAGACGACACACGAGCAACACCGCCUUCGAACGAUGGGUACCUCCGUUUCAACCCAGUCAUCGUCAUGCUCAUCGGCUACCUCGAACAAGUCAUUCCAGGAGGCCUAGACUCCGCAGUCCGCUCCGCCCGCGAAAAGAACCCAGCCUUCAUGUCAAAACUAGCCAUCAAAGACGCCCACUCCUUCCUGACUUUCGCAAACGACCUCCUGAAAUGGGUACCCCGCGAGAGCUUCGAAGGCAAAGACAUCUACGACAUCCUCUGCACAUUCUACUUCGUCCUAGACCAACCCCCUCUCCGCAAGCUCCAGACCCCGAUCCGUCCCGACUCUGAAGGCCUUACCUGGCUAUCCUCCUGGAUUGUUGUAUACGCCCAACUCGUAGGCCAAUUCCUAGACACACCCGCCUCCAUCACCGCCUCCUCCCUACAAUCCUUCAAGAACUCACCCCCGUACCGCUUCCACGAAGCAGAAAUUCCAAAAGGCGGCUUCCGCACCUUCAACGCCUUCUUCACCCGCCGCCUCAAACCAGGCCUCCGACGAAUCGCCUCCCCCGACGACGACAGCGUCAUAGUCUACCCAGCAGACUGCACCUACGACAACUCCAUCGCCAAUCAAAGCGUGGCCAGAAUCAGCCCCCACGGCUCCGUCGAGAUCAAAAACGUCCGCUGGCCGAUCAGCAUGCUCCUCCAGGGCAGCGAGCACGCCUCCGACUUUGACGGCGGCAUCUGGAUGCACGCGUUCCUGAAUACCACAAACUACCACCGCCAACACGCGCCAGUGUCGGGCACGGUGCUGGAAGCCAAGAAUAUCCAGGGCAUGGCGCACCUCGAGGCUGAUACUGUAGGCGGCGGACAGGUCCGCAUGAUGGGCGGGGCGGACGCUUCGGAGAACCCGGGGUAUCAGUUCCUUCAGACGAGGGGGUUGGUCGUGAUUGAGAAUCCUGUGCUCGGCAAAGUUGCGUUCUUGCCCAUCGGGAUGGCCAUGGUCUCGUCUGUGGACUUAUUUGUCGCAGAGGGGGAUGUAGUGAGGAAGGGGGACGAGGUUUCGUGUUUCCGGUUUGGGGGGUCGGAUGUCAUUUGCAUUUUCCAGGAAAAGGCUGGUUUGAGGGUUGAGGAUUUCGUUCCGACGAGUGGUGAGUUUUCAAAGUAUGGGAGUAUCUUGGCAAGAGCGCCGACGGGAGGUUCACGCACGUGA